CAGGUAAGCCAAUAAGGAAUCAGAAACGCAAGGAUGGGAAACCAUUAGUCUUUUUGAAAAGGAGACCUAUUUGGUUCACUCUUCCAUAUUGGAAGGACUUGAAAAUUCGAUAUAAUUUUGAUGUCAUGCACAUAGAGAAGAAUGUGUGUGAAAAUAUAAUUAAUACUUUGUUGGACAUUGCUGGAAAAUCUAAGGAUAAUCUGAAUGCUCGCUUGGAUCUUCAAGCUUUAGGUAUUAGAAGCGACCUUCAUCCUAUUGAACUAGAAGCUAAUCAAUUUUAUUUGCCUCCUGCACCCUACUCAAUGAGCUCUGUUGAGAAGAAAUUGUUUUGUCAAGUAUUAAAAGGGGUCAAGUUUCCUGAUGGAUAUGCCGCUGAUAUACGACAUAAUGUUCUUGUCAAUGAAAAAAAGAUAGUUAAUCUUAAUACUCAUGGCAACCACAUUCUUCUACAAGAUUUACUGCCACUUGCUAUCCGGAGAGUUCUCCCUCAAGAAGUUAGUGCUGUGCUGAUUCGUUUAAGCACGUUCUUUAGAAAAUUGUACUCUCCUGUUAUUCGAAUAAGUGACAUGCAAAGGUUAGAAUCUGAGAUAGCUGAAAUCUUGAGCCUUUUAGAGAUUAUUUUCCCUCCAUCAUUUUUUACCAUUAAUGUACAUUUGAUGGUACAUCUUCCUACCCAAGCAAGAGUGGCAGGCCCAAUCCAUUUUCGAAGCAUGUGGCCGGUGGAGAGGUUUCUAAAAAAAUGCAAGGGCUAUGUGCGUACAAAAAGUCACCCGGAAGGAUCAAUUAUGGAGGGUUCUUUGUUUGAUGAGGCUCUCACGCUUUGUUCUCGGUAUUUACAAGAUGAGACCCACUUCAACCAUAGAGUUAGAAAUCGCUUACCAACACAAAUUUGUGUUACAACUCCAUUCUUUCACAAAAUUGGUCGAGCAUUGGCUGGAAAGUGUGUUGUCAAUUUAGAUCACAAGACAUGGCUUCAAGCACAUAGAUAUGUCCUUUUCAACUAUUACAACAUAGAAACAUAUUUAAACAAACAUGCUCAAUACCUCUCCUCAAUUGGUGUUCGAAAUCAGCGUGAGAUCAACCACAUGCAACAUAAAACCUUCCAUGAGUGGUUCAGGUUACAUGUUGAGGAAACAUGUGAGGAGGCCUCAGGAGAGAUCAAAAUUUUAGCUAAGGGACCAAUGAUGAUUGCACAUCAGUAUAACAGCUACUCAAUAAAUGGAUUCAACUUCCAUACACAGUCAUAUGAUGAGAAUAGGUCUGUCCAAAGUAGUGGGGUAGUGUUAGCUGCUGAGACAACUCAUUUCGAAAGAGGAAAUGAUGACAACCAUACUAUAGGGAAAAACAUCUUUUAUGGUAUCAUAAAAGAAAUUCUUGAACUCAACUACCACCACAAAGGAAAUAUUGUGCUUUUCAAGUGUGAUUGGGUUGAUAACCGUGUAAACAACAAAUGGGUUCGAACGGAUCAAUUUGGAAUCACCACAGUGAAUUUCAAACAUUUAUUCAAUACUGGUGAAAAGAUCUCGGAUGAACCUUUCAUAUUAGCAUCACAGGCAACGCAAGUUUACUAUGUUGCUGAUCCAAUUGAUACUGAAUGGGUUGCUGUUGUUCAGCCAAAACCGCGAGAUUUGUAUGGAAGUGAUGUUGAUUAUGGUAUCAUUGAUGAUGAAAAUGAUGUAGUUCCGCCAAUCCUUGAUCUGCAAUCUAAUGUAUUCGAAAGUCUUAUUGUUGGAUGUGUCCCAUGUGCUAGAACAGAUAUAGAUGGUGUCAUCGUUAGUGGAGUAAAACAAGGAAAAAAAUCUAGAAAGAAAAAAAAUGGCAAGCGCAAGAGAAAGCAAUAAAGAUGGUUCAUGUAGUGAAUACGAGCAGCUGAAGCAAGAAAAUAUUGAAAGAAAUAAAAGGAGGUUGGCAUCUCUUAACAUCCCUGAAAUCGUCAAGAGUAUGGAGCACCAAGGUCCAUCCAAAAAAAUUUCAAAGAAAAAACAGAAGACAAGUGUUCCAACAACUAAACCUCCAAACUUGCGACCAAGGCCGCAAAGACAAAGUGUUCCAACAACUAAACCUCCAAACUUGCGACCAAGGCCACAAAGACAAAAUGCUCAACCUCAAGACGAACAAGCGAUUGCUGAUUUGCAGACGGUGGGAGAUUUUCUCACCGACAAUGUUGAAGUUACCGAGGAUGAUCCAAUCAAUGCUACAAAAAAGAGGCCUGCAAGGGGCAUAACUAAGAUGGAGGGAAUAUUCUCAAGGUCACCUGAAAUGCCAAAAAUCAAAAUUUUACUCAAUGAUCGAGGUCAGCCUAUUGGUAAAAGUGCUAGACAACUUUCAAGUGCUAUUGGGUGUCAAGUUAGAAAGAAAUUGUCUAUUGCUACCACGGACUGGAGGCUUGUUGAUAUUAACAAGAAGUAUGAGCUGUGGGAGGAUAUAAAGACAUAUUAUGAUGUAGAUGAUGCUGCCUUAAACUGGGUGAUGCGCACAGCUGGAAAGAAGUGGAAGCAAUUUAAAGCAUCCAUAAAGCAACGAUACUUCAAUCUUGAAUUGUCUAUAAAAGAAAUUCCAGAAUGUCCUGAUAAGAGGGUUAAUGAUGAUGAUUGGCACUCUAUGUACAACUAUUGGAUGUCUUCUGAAUUUCAGGAUCGCUCAGAAAAAGCUAAAAUAAAUCGACAAAAGCUAAAGAUGCACCAUACAGCCGGCAGUGUGAGCUAUGCAUGUUCAGAAUAUGAUUUGGCUGUGAAACUAGGACGUCCUCCACGAAGAGAUGAAAACUUUAUCCAAACCCAUACAAGAAAAAAUGGAGUUCCUACAGAACAGGCAAAACCAAUAAUUGACCAACUUAAUGAUGUUGUUGGAGUAUAUCCAGAGUUAAAGGACCGGUCAAUUCAAGAGGGUGAUGUAUUCUCUGUUGUUUGUGGAACGAAAGAGCCAAAAGGAUAUGUUCGUGUUUUGGGUUUAGGCCCUACUCCUCAAGAUAUUGGCACUCCAGGGUUGAAGUCUUAUACUGCAACAAGACUACAAAUGGAGAUUCUUGCUCGUACAAAGGUUCAAAGUGAGAAGGCUGCUUUAGAACAGCGUGUACUUGAGCUACAGACUCAAAUUGAGCAAAGGGCUCAACCAGACCGGGCAAGUGAAGAGCCCACGUCACAUCGCAGCUCUACUUCAUUUCAACAUAAGGUGAUGAGGAACAAGUUUGCUGCUGAGGAUGAGGAAGACAAUGAAGAAUAUUGUGCUUCUGAAGAUGAGGAAUUAGAUGAUGAGGAUGAUCAAAUAUUUCAUCAGAUGCAAGGUGCAAACUCACCAAGAUCUACAAGGCACUUUGCUGAAGCUUCACACUCUAAACAUGAUGAUCUUGUUGGAAAAGAUGUCAUAUUAUAUGCUAUGUUGAGAUCUGAUUUGCCUGUGGCUAAAGGGACAAUUGUUUCAACUAAACCAAGCACAACAGUUGGAGGCCAGAUCCUUGGAAGGCAAUAUUGUGAAGUUAUUGUAACUUGUGUGCUAAAACGAGAUACAAUUUUGCCUCGCCCUUGUGCCAAUGUGGAAACUAUGGCUGAUGCUUACAUGAUGUCAGUUGCAUGGCCGUACAAGAAACUGAAGUUGGUGCAUAAGGCUGCAACACCGUCUACUGAAGGGUGUUCUGGACAAAGAAAGCUUGUACCUUAAAACAGGAGGAUACAAGAAGCUGGAGUGGUUGUCUGAAGGUUUUUGAACUGCCUGAAGUAUUAGUGUAGCUUUGGUGCUUUUGUGACUGAUCAGCUCUGGAGCAGCUAGAGUGAUGUAGUUGUGGGCUUUUGAACAAUAGCUAGAGUGAUAUGAAACAUUAGUGAUGUAGUUGUGGGCUUUUGAACUGCUUCAAGCUGGAGUGAUGUCGCUGCGGUGCUUUUGUGACUGAUUAUCUCUGGAGCUUUUGUGAAUAAUCUAGCUAGCUAUCUGUAAAUGAUCUAGUUGUGAAUGAUAUUAUAAUUGUGAUGCUUUUGU